UGACAUAUUUAUUGACAUAGUCCUUCCCAUUGCAGCCAAAUCUUUGUGCUUGGACUUCGUGUGGCGGGCAGCGUAAUCAUUGUUAAAUACGUCAUUACAUAUACUACAUCUAACACUGAAACGGGUAACAUUUGUUGCCAUAUCGCUAUCGCACAAAAAUAUUCCGAUGUUGUAGGUUGGUUAUAGCAAGCAAGAUUUGGACGAACUGCACUAUCCAUAACAUAAGAUCAAAUUUAACAGCAUGCGGAAAACACCUGGUACUGAACAUCUAAACAACCAAUUCAAACUUCUUAUAACAGAUUAUUAUUUACCAUGAAAUUGAUGUGUCGAUGAGUUGUUUUGGGAUGAGCUUCCUGAAUUCUGAUAACAGUCCUUUUAGAAAUUUCUAUUUCCGCCAAAACUUAAAAAAUUCGCUCCGACAAAAAAAAUUCAAGCAUAAUUUAUCUUCCGACGGAGGGGCUAGCCUCCUCCGACGGGGGGGCUGUAGCCCCCCCUGCCCCCCCUCUGGCGCCACCACUGCUUCUGCCAUCUUGAAUUCUUGCCAGUGUGAAGCUGGUAGAGAAUCGUACAAAUUAAAUUGAGAUAAUGAAGCUAACUUCUUAUUUAAUUUACACCUCUGGGUCGUGGUUCGUAUGCUAUUGAAUCAUACAUGCAAAACACGUUACACCCUUUCAUACUAACUCGAGUUGUUUGUAAUCUAACCACAGAAUAUGGAGUGACCCACUUCAUGGAUGAGUAAGUUUUCUAUAUCCAAUAAGAACGUAGGUAGGUUUAGAUAUUUGCAUACUGUGUGAAAUGUUUCAAGAUCAGCAGUUUGUCUCUUUGUUUUUGCUGUUACCUCUUACCUGGCAGAGUACACAGCCAAUCUACAGAUCAAGCUGCAGAAGUGCUGCGUUGUUUAAAACAACAAACCGAAAUCAAAUUCUGGUUGGAAAUUCUGGAGGUUUGAUUUCUUCCAUCCGCACCAGAAACUUGCCAUCUUGCGUUCGCCAGUGCAUCAAGAAUCCCAUAUGCUCCUCCAUAAACUAUAAGUCCACACCUGGAUCUAACCAAGAGAAUAAUUGUCAACUGCUAACUAUAAACCUAUCCAGCAACGAUGCGGAAUUCUCAAGCUUAGUUGGAUGGAUACAUUCCGAACCAACGUCACAGCCCGGACCACGGUGUGUUGUCAAUCCUUGCAGCCUUGGAUACCGAUGCACUGAUACCUGUGAUGUCACCCUUGGAUACCAGUGUACCGAUAUCAACGAAUGUGAAAGCAACCCUUGCAUGAAUGGGGGCACUUGUAGGAAUUAUGUAAACCAGUUUUCAUGCUUGUGUACUCGCUCAUUUGCUGGAUCAAGAUGUCAACUCAGUAACAUUGCGUUAAAUAGACCAACAGCGCAUUCGUCAAUCUGGGACGGGUUUGAUUCCAGCUCUCGAGCAGUAAAUGGUCAGACAGGCACAAACUACCUUUUUGGGUUUUGUGCACAUACAGCUCAGCAGCUCCAGCCAUGGUGGCGUGUCGACCUUGGUGCAACGUAUUCGAUUGGCACUGUGAAAGUUACAAAUCGUGGAGACUGCUGUCCUGAAAGACUAGCGGAUUUCCAUGUUUACGUCGGUGAUAAUCUUAGCAGCAUUCAAACUAAUGCAUUAUGCAAUCGAUUCUAUGGCUACCCUAACGCAGGUGCAACAGCCACAGUUUUUUGCACAUCGAUCGUUUCCGGUCGUUAUGUUUUGGUUAUGCUUCCCGGUACUCAGUCUUUAGCCAUCUGUCAGGUUCUUGUGUUUGUCCGGGAGUGAGCAGUUUUGUUUUGGAGUUACCGGUAUCUUCGAUAGAGCUACAUUACAUUACGGAUCUGGAUUUUACAAGCCUGGAGAUAGUUAAGGAGACAGGGAUGUGGAGGAGUGUUUGGAUGAUUAGAUCCCGGGGGUAACUUCAGUAAGAUUUCAUCAUCAAAUGUUACAAAUAGCUACUAUCAUUUUCCCAUAUAAAUAAUAAUCAGUAACUAUGUCAUGUUAAUUCGUUUCUUGCAAAAAAAAGGAUAAUAAUAAUCUGAACGCGAAGAGGUUUUAUUAUCUUACGCUCUGCCAUUAUGACGGAUCACAAUAAUGAAGGGCCCGCUUCAUUUCAACACGCGUUUGCACCUAAACCAGGUUAUUUUGCGGAGUAUAGGGCUAGCCUUUUUUUGAGAGCUUGAAUCUGGUUUCUUAAAAAUGUUGCACGAGGGAUUCUUUAUCGCAUUCAAUUUCAUUACAUUCGUUAUGAUGGGAGUCCCGUAUGUUGGGGAAAAAUUGAAGUAAACAGAUUUUUUUUAUAAUUUGGAUCGCUCCUCUUAGUUUUAGGUUUUUCCUGCCUACUGUUUAUGACAUAUUUUCAUUCUGGUACUAAAUUUUUUUGCAAACUAUAUUAGCGUAUAAAUACCAUUUGGGUAGCUAGUUUUUAAGGGUAAGC